AUGGAGGAGCUUCCUGUCAGCGCUGCCUUCAAACACUCGAUCCGUCAUUGUUUUGAUUACUCCUCUUUUGCCAUUUGUCCGACUCGGAUUCAGUCUUUGUGGAAACAUGAGGUCAGGACCCGACAGUGGAAGCCGAGCCUCAGACAUGUGAAGGGUUUCGUGUCCAAUGUUGGCAGGUCCCUGCCGGAGUCUUCAGGUGGUCUGUCCAUCAACAAGGAGAGGGAGAGAGAGAUCCAGCCUCCACCCACCCAGCGCUACAGCGGCUACGACCUGGACGACCUGGACGUUGCCUGGCUGGAGCUGGUGAACCAUGAGUUCAGGCAGAUGGCGUUACCAGAGCUGGACGAGCUGACCAUGGAGUGUGUGCUGGUGGAGCUGGAGAGUGUGUGUGAGGAGAAGAUGAGGCAAGCCAUCGAGGCAGAGGAAGGCCUGGGUAUCGAGUACGACGAGGAUGUGGUGUGUGACGUCUGCCGCUCGCCUGAGGGAGAGGACGGCAACGAGAUGGUCUUCUGUGAUAAGUGUAACGUCUGCGUUCAUCAGGCGUGUUAUGGCAUCCUGAAGGUACCUCAGGGGAACUGGUUGUGUCGGACCUGCGCUCUGGGCGUCCAGCCCAAAUGUCUGCUCUGCCCCAAGAGAGGGGGGGCCCUGAAGCCCACCCGCAGUGGAACCAAGUGGGUCCACGUCAGCUGUGCCUUAUGGAUCCCUGAGGUGAGUAUAGGCUGUCCAGAGAAGAUGGAGCCCAUUACCAAGGUGUCCCACAUCCCCGCCAGCCGCUGGGCUCUGUCCUGCAGCCUGUGUCGAGAACACACAGGAACCUGCAUACAGUGCUCCAUGCCCUCUUGUAUCGUGGCCUUCCAUGUGACCUGCGCCUUCGACCACGGCCUGGAGAUGAGAACCAUCCUGGCAGAGAACGACGAGGUGCGCUUCAAGUCCUUCUGCCUGGAGCACAGCUGCACCUCCAGCAACAACACUGCAUCCACCAACAUCCCCCCCAGUCUGACCGGCGUCACGAACGGCAACCACGCCACCACUCCCACAACCAACGGAGCGCAUCCAGCCAGAUCUGACUGGGCCGCCACCGGAGUCAGUCCUCCCGAGUCCAGGCCAGACCAGCAGCACCAGCUGCACCAACUGCACCAGCUUCACCAGCUGCAUCAGCUGCACCAUCUGCACCAGCUGCACCAGCUGCACCAGCUGCACAGCAGCAGUGCCUCGGAGCAGAGGCCGGUGCUGUACCCGGUGUCGGUGUCGGCGGCAGAGCGAGCUGAGCGGGACCAGCUGGAGAGGGAGAAGGUGAGCCAGAGGAAGCAGAAGCUCCAGGAGCUGGAGGACGAGUUUUACCGACUGGUGGAGCCCAAAGAGGUUGCUGAAAAUCUGUCUCUGCCCGUCUCCCAUGUGGACUUCUUGUAUCAGUUCUGGAAGCUGAAGAGGAAGGCCAACUUUAAUCGACCUCUGGUUACUCUAAAGAGGGACGAGGUGGACAACCUGGCCCAGCAGGAGCAGGACGUCCUCUACAGACGUCUCAAACUCUUCACACACCUCCGACAAGACCUGGAGAGGGUGCGCAACUUGUGCUACAUGGUGUCACGGAGGGAGAAAAUGAAACACACCCUGUGUGACCUCCAGGAGAAGAUCUUCCACCUGCAGGUACAACUACUAGAAGAGGACAUCGCUGGAGAGAAAAGCCAGGAGGGAGAGAAGAAGAAGCAGAAUGGAGUGAAGGAGAAAGGGAAGGAGAGGAGGAAGAGUAGUCCUGAGAAGAAGAAGGAGAGAUUGAAGUCAGAGAACGGCUCCCUGCUGAAAGAGCUAGGUUUGUCCAAGUCCUUCCCACUGGACAACUCUUUGUUCGACAGCUGGCUCGCCCAGUCGGUUCAGAUCACCGCUGAUGACAUGCUGAGUCAGUGGGCUCUGGGCGCCCAGCAUCGGGACAAGAGCGGCAGCCUGCUCUCUGACCAGCUCCUGCAAGGGGAGGAAAGUCUCCUAAACCUCAUGAUGGAGAACUCCAUGCAGUCCACCUGGAAAACGCCCCAGCUCGGUCGCAAACCGCGAGGGAGCAGCAAGUCGCGUACCCGCGGACACCCGCAAUCCACCAACCCCGCCCAGACCCGGACGCUUCCGCCUGCAGGGGCCGCCUCUGCUGCCAGCAGCCCCUCCGCUGCAAAGAGCCUCUGGGUGAGUGUAGGGGAGGAGAAGCAAAGCUUUGUGGGGAGGAAAGGGGAAAAAUCCAGAGGCUCAACUAAAGUUCUGCCCCACCACCACCACCACCACCUUCAUCACCACCAGACCAGGAGCUCUGACCUGCACAAGGACCCACCACCACAACCUCCCAUUUCCAAAAUGGAUUCCUGUCACAUCUCGGACGUCUGCAGCCGGUGGGACAGCAUCCUUACUGGAAAUGGAGUUGCGUCAGGAGCUAGCUGUGGUUUCACUGCAAGCUCAUCCCCAGCCUCUGGCACAGGGACCACAGUGCCAGACAUCCUUCAUGGUGGGCCUUCGAGGUUGCGUCUUUCCCGCCAGGUUAAAACCAGACGGGGCUUCAGUGGAGGAGGAGGAGGAGGAGGAGGAGGAGGAGGGAUAACAGGGCUGGAGUCUGUUAACCUCACAGGAAAAGACGCGUCUUUGCUGGACACCGCUGAAACCGACGGAUACAUUUCUGACGGUGAGCAGAGUGACACGGACACACACUCCGGUGGACGCAAACUCCGCUUGCCGCAGUUACAUUCUGGGAACGAGGACCUGCUGAGAAGGAGCGUGCUGGCGUCGUAAAGAACCAAGACUGAAAUGAUCACACACACUCAGUCAUUCAAGCAAAGUCCCGCUGGUUAAUCCUUUCUCCAUUUGUGUACACAGUCUACUAAACAUGGCUGAAUAGCUAUGUUCAACCAAAUCCCUGUCCCAUUAACCAGAGGGAGAUCUCUCCAGCUCCGACCUGCUUUCUUCUUUUUGGGGUGAAUUUGAAUGUAGCUGUUUGCCUGUCGUUCAGAAACCCUGCUCCCACAGAACCGUAGUCUCUUGUUAGGUAACCACAAAAUGCUGAACUCUCCACAAAUAGGAAACGAACAUUACAUUUAGUUUUAUUUCUGUUUUGAUUUCAGAUUGAGUUUGUGUGUGUGGGCGUUGAAGAACCCUUUCUGGCCUCAUGUCUGUCCUAUCUGCCAGACAUGGGAACAAACACUUUGGGGCAUUAUUAUUAUUAUUAUUAUUCAAAAUGGUUUCAGGGUCUGUUCUGCAUCUGGCUUUUACAGCCUGAGAUGCAUCCAUUGAGUCCCUGCUUCCUUGAAUACGUUCAGUGGAGAGACAAUUUACACCAGAGCUGGUCUAAAUAUGUACAGACGUCGACAUGGGACAACAUGUCUUCAGCCUUGAGAAGCACAACUAGCUAGUCAUAAGAGCUGUAAUGUAAGCACUCCUGUGUGUAAUAGAUGCUCACUCAGAGUUGGGGUCAAUUUUCACAUUUACUCAGCUGUUCAUUUUUUCUCAAGCUGUCUUCAACAACUAAAAACAUCAAUUUCAACAUGUUCCAGUUUUUGAAUCAGUGAACCGACUUGACCCCAACCCUGGUGCUCAUUCGGAUUAUCACACAGACACACAAACCACCGACAUACUGACACACUGACACACAUACUACUAUAAGCAAAUCCCUUUGCUCAUGUAAAAGCCGUUGUUGAAAUAUUGAUCUGGCUAUUGUCAGCAAUUUUCAAAAAUUCUUCCCCAUUCUGAUUUUUUUUGUUUUGUUCAAGUCUUUGAAACCUGAAUCUUUGAAGAAAAACCAUCAUAGAAACUCUGUGCCUUCUGUAGCUUGCCCUGUGCCCCCAAUCCCCCCCUUACCCCAACCUAAAAAACCUUAUUACCAAACCAAACAAUCAGUAAGCAGAUCAAUCAGUCGUUUCUCAAUCGGACUUGAAACAAUCAAACCAAAAGGAAACCCCGUUGGGUCGGUUACAGAGCGUAGCCAGCAUUGGGCUCCUUGUCACCUUAACAAUUAUCUAGUGCCUGAAACAAGGAUGUAAAUGCAGUGUUCGCCAUUGCUCAAAGAAAAAAAAAAUAACUCCAACAGUAAACAAAGCAGAGCCACGCAGUACUUUCAGUGCAAAAAGCUGCCUACUGUUCAGUGCCCCCCCAUCCCAAAUAGAUCUCUGCAGUCUGGAGCCAGCCACAUCCAGAGUUUGGCCACGUUACACUGUGACUGCCAUGUUGCUGCCUCUAAGUGGAUGCACAUGGAGAGAGGAGGAAGACAGAGAAUGAUGCAUAAGCCUGGCAGCUAAGUUACAUUUGCUCCAAGGUGGCAAAACAACAAAUUGUUAUUUUUGUAUUUUGUGUGGGUCAGAAGUAUUUUUUAAGAGUAGGCAGAACCAAACAGGAGCCUCCCUGUUGCUUCAAAACAUCAUAGAGUUCCAUCCAAGUUAAAAAUGAAGAAAACAUUACAAAAUAACUUCUUCACAAUCGUCCUUUAACUGAGUUUUGAAGCUUUCAGCCAACAGUCAAAUGUUGUCAAAUGACCAUUAAGUGGAAAAACAUGCUUUCUGAGCACCUUAGACAUUAUUAUUCCUUUUUCCCCAGACAUUACAACCACUAACUCCCUUAUCUGCUCACAGAUACGCAUGUAAUGUGCUGAUUUCUAACUAGGGGUGGGAAUCGAAAAUCGGAUCCGACCUAGAACCCGUUCCAAUUGAUCAAUUCCAUCUGAAUUGUACACCUCAAAUGUUAUCGAUUCUUCUUAACGAUUCAUUUCCUAGCACAAUGUCACGUCACAUUGCGGUACGUUGCAUUACAUCACACACUCUGCGACGCAGAACUCCUUCAACCACGAGGAAACAUGGAGCGUUUUUCCUCUCUAAAAUCAAAGUAUUUUCAUCCAGGCUCCAGGGGCUAUAUGGACUCACACGGCCGAAAAUGAGGCACCGAGAGCAGGUAAAAUACCUCCACGAUGACCCCCAGAGGAAAUGCAUUUUUUCUCUCCAAAUUCAAAGUAUUUUCAUCCAGGCUCCAGGGGCUAUGUCUGGACUCACACGGCCGAAAAUAAGGCACCUAGAGCGGGUAAAAUACGUCCGCGAUGACCCCCGGGGAAAAGGUGGUUUUCCUCUCCAAAUUCAAAGUCUUUUCAUCCAGGCUCCAGGAGCCACGUCCGGACUCACGUGGCUGAAAAUGAGGCACUGAUAGCGGGUAAAAUACCUCCGUGAUGACCCCUGGAGAAAAGCGUUUUUCCACUCCAAAUUCAACGUAUUUUCAUCCAGGCUCCAGGGGCUAUGUCUGGACUCACACGGCCGAAAAUGAGGCACCUAGAGCGGGUAAAAUACCUCCGCGAUGACCCCUGCAAAAAAGGCGGUUUUCCUCUCCAAUUCAAAGUCUUUUCAUCCAGGCUCCAGGAGCCACGUCCGGACUCACGUGGCCGAAAAUGAGCCACCGAGAGCAGGUAAAAUACCUCCGUGAUGACCCCUGGAGAAAAGCGUUUUUCCACUCCAAAUUCAACGUAUUUUCCUCCAGGCUCCAGGGGCUACGUUUGGACUCUCGCUGCCGAAAAUGAGCCACAGAGAGCGGGUAAAAUACCUCCGCGAUGACCCCUGGAGAAAAGCGUUUUAUCCUCCAAAUUCAAAGUCUUUUCCUCCAGGCUCCUGGGGCCACGUCCGGACUCACGCAGCCGAGAUUGAGGUCAACCUAUUGUUCAGUAUGUUCAAGUUGAAUAUAUUCAUAUUCAGUCUUGUGCAGACAUAAUUUUGGAAAAAAUUAAAUGGUUCUUUUUGGUGUGGAAGACUGAGUAGAACUACUUUUUCCCCCUCAAAAAACUACUCAGGAGUCGUUAGGAGAACUGAUAAGGAAUUGGAUUGAUAAGCAGAAUCAACAAUGGCAUUGACAUUGAUAAAAUCUUAUGAAUUCCCACCCCUAUUUCUAACCCAGUGAAGCCCUUAAACUUAAGAUUGAUCUCUGGUUAUUAAAUGAGGACCCAAUGGUUAACAAUGAACAGUUUCAGUUUAAAGGCAACAGACAUCAAGCUGUGCAACACUUUGAGUUACACACUGAACAGGUUAACGGUUCCAACAUGGCCGCCACUUCAGUUUCGCUGUGGACAAGCUCUGGUAUCUGAUGGCUCUGCUCUCUGCUCUGUUCUCCUGUCAGAUGAAUGACCACAAUGUAAUCUUCAGCUUCAGAGGCCUGCGCUCUUCAGUUCUUGAAUUGAGUUGUUUGUAAAUUUGUUUUUUAAAAAUGAGUUUGUCUUUGUUGUUCUCUCAGAGAGUUGUAUUUUGUACUUAAAGCAGUCCAUGUUAUUCUCAGGGGUUAAAAAAAACGUUUAAAAAAAAAAAGAAUAAAAAGUUGAAAAAUGUAUGGAAAAAGUGA